AUGCCACACCUUGGCGUCUUCAAACCUGAUAGUUCGUCAACGAAAUUGAGAGUGGUCUUCAACGCGUCCGCUAAAACAACGACGAACUUAUCGCUGAACGAUGUUCUAAUGGAUGCUCCUAUCGUCCAGAGUCCAUUAUUCGACAUCAUUGUACGUUGGAGAAUGCCAAAGUAUGCAUUCACUGCGGAUGCCAGGCAGAUGUACAGACAGGUUUUGAUGCACCCUGCUCAUACGAAAUACUUGAGAUGCCUGUUUCGGGAUGACAGGACGCAACCCUUAAUGGAUCUGGAGUUGCUCCGAGUGACGUAUGGGGUUGGCCCUGCUGGAUUCCUGGCCACACGAUCGCUAAUACAACUAGCUAAAGAUGAACAGAACGAUUUCCCGAAAGCCUGCGAGGUGGUUUUGAAGUCGUUUUAUGUCGAUGAUGUGCUAACCGGAGCUGAUACGCUAGAAGAGGCGCAGAAGCUUCGUAAGGAUUUACUACUGCUACUGGGAAGAGGUGGCUUCAAGCUGCACAAAUGGUGCGCGAACGAAGCAGCCAUCCUGGAAGGAGUGCCAUUUGAGGAUCGAGAGAAGCAAAUGUGUUUCGAAAAAGGUGACGAGAGUGGUGUGAUAAAAACUCUCGGUGUGCUGUGGGACCCAGCGAAUGAUGUCUUUAUGUAUCGAGUGAAACCUAUGAAUGACUGUUCGUUACCUCAAACCAAGAGAGGUUUGCAGAGGUUAUGGUUGAAGAAAAUCGAUUGGGACGAGUUGAUUCCUAUUGAAGAGUUGAAGAUUUGGAACAAACUAAGAUUCGAGUUGUGCGCAAUCAACAAUCUGAAAAUACCUCGUCGUGUCACCGUUAAUAAUACUGCGGUUUACGAGAUACAUGGAUUCUCGGAUGCGUCUCGUUCCGCUUACGGUUGCUGUGUGUACUUGCGUUGCAUUACCGAAGAUGGCAUCAUUGAAGUGAAGUUACUGUGUGGCAAGUCACGAGUCGCACCAUUGAAGGAGUUGAACCGUGAGGAGAAGGAGGGAGCGCCGCUGGAAGAGUUAACCAUGCCAAGAUUAGAGCUACGUGCAGCAGCGCUGUCCGAUUCGACUAUUGUGUUGAGUUGGAAUAAAAGUUCGAAACCGAACCUACCUGUGUUUGUCCGUAAUCGAAUCGCGGAAAUUCGUAAACUGAGUUGUGAUGCCAAAUGGCUACACGUAGGAACGAAAGAGAAUCCGGCAGACUUAGUGUCCAGAGGGGUGCUCCCCAUUGAACUGAUGAAAAGUGACUUGUGGUGGAACGGACCAAAGUUCCUUCGUGCGAGUAUAACUGAAGAAACAUUGCAAGAAAAGACCAAAAGCUUGAGUGAGGAAGUGAUUACAGUGACAGCGAUAACUGUGCCCGAAGAUGAGUUGUAUAAGGUAAUUCAGAAUAGUAGUAACUUUCGCCGCUUGCAAAGAGUAUUUGGUUAUGUCAUGCGAUUUAUUUCUAACUGUCGUGCAAGGCGCAGUAAAGAAAGGAUUCGCUGUGGAAAGCUGAACGCCACAGACUUUCGUGACUCAUUGUACACAAUGGUGAGGAUCGUACAAAAUGCGGUAUAUCGCGGCGAAAUCAAGAACGUUUUGAAAGGUGAGCCAGUGAACGGUAAAAUACGAAAUUUUAACCCUAUCUAUGAACCGAUUGAACGGUUGCUACGAAAGCAUCCGCUAAUACUACCGGAGAAAAACAGGUUCACUGAUUCUAUUAUUGAGGCUAUUCACCGCGAAGAGCUGUAUGUUGGUCCGAAUGGUUUAUUGGCCAAAAUUCGACAACAGUUCUGGCCAGUAAAUGCGGAGUGUACCAUCAAACGUGUCUUGGGAAAGUGUCUUAAAUGCUUCAGGUUACAUCCGAAGGAUGUACAGCAGUUCAUGGGCAAUUAUCCAAGCUCGCGUGUCACUCCUGCUGAUCCGUUUGCUAGAACGGGAGUAGACUACGCUGGCCCCUUCGUGUUAAAGCAAGGGAGGGCGAAGGCUCGAAGCAAGGCAUACGUCAGUGUCUUUGUCUGUAUGACAACUAAAGCGAUUCAUUUAGAGUUGGUAAGCUCCUUAACUUCUGAUGCAUUCUUGGGUGCCUUACAUCGCUUUGUUGGGCGUCGCGGAAACGUCAAUGAGAUGUUUUCCGAUAACGGAACAAACUUUGUUGGAGCUGAGCGUCAAUUGGUUGAAUUGAAGGAGUUACUUAGAUCACAGAUGUUGGAAAGAAAACUCGAGGAAUUCUGUCAGCCUCGUGGAAUCUGUUGGAAGUUUAACACUCCGAAGGCUCCACACCAAGGUGGGCUCUGGGAAGCUGGGGUAAAAAGUAUGAAGAGCCACCUGUACAAAGUGAUGAAUGAAUCAUAUUUCACAUACGAAGAGAUGACAACGUUAUUGGUUCAGAUAGAGGCUGAAUUCAAGGCCCAUGGUACAACAAAGCGACGACCCGAUGGAUUAUGA